GAAUGGUGAAGUGCACCGUCCUAAAUGGGUGUGCGGGAGCAUGUGGGGAGGCGGCGGAAUCUGGGGAGACAUCGAUCAAAUCUGAACUGCACCGGGGGAGCCAGCGGUCCGUCCCCUUUGCCCCCUCACCUGGAGCUGGCCAACAGCAGGCACCACACCCUCACUUCGGCAUCCUGAGCCCAAGGGUCGGGUCAGGGACAGACCCCACCCCAUGAAGGCGGGAGAUGGAGAAGUGGGUCCUGGAGACCCCCCGGACUGUCAGGGGUUUGAUCCAUCUCAACUGAGGAUGCACCCUGAGGAGCCUGAGGCGCCUGGAGGAGCCGAGGCUGAGGCUCCAGUCCUGGUGCAGCUCAUCGACGAGCACGGGGCGUAUUCGACCGCGCGCCUGGUCCCCGACGAGCGCUCCGCCAAAGGGGCGGCGCCGGGUUCGCUCCCUGAAGGCCCAGUGGACCCGGAGGGGCUGGCGCGGGCCAGGCCCUUCGGCUGCGCGACCUGCGGGAAAGCCUUCAAGCGCGCGUGGGAGCUGCUGAGCCACGAGGUGGUGCACACCGCGGCGCGGCCCUUCCGCUGCGGCCUGUGCGCGGCCGCCUUCAAGCGCCACUCGGAUUGCAAGAGCCACCGGUUGGUGCACAGCGACGAGCGGCCCCACGGCUGCGACGCCUGCGGCAAGCGCUUCAAACGAGCCAGCAAUCUGCAGGAGCACCGGCGCAUCCACACCGGCGAGCGCCCCUUCCCCUGUGCGUCCUGCCCGAAGCGCUUCAAGACCCCCUACGAGCUGCACCGCCACGAGCCUCUGCACGCGUCUUCGCGGCCCUUCACCUGCCAGGACUGCGGCAAGAUCUUCGCAGCCGGGCCUGCCCUUCUUCUACACCGGCGGCAGCACUGCAAGGACAAGCCCCACGAGUGCGGCGUGUGCGGCAAGCGCUUCACCUACGGGCACAGCCUGCGGGUGCACGAGCGCGUGCACACGGGCGACCGGCCCUUCGUCUGCCCGCUGUGUGCCAAGGCCUUCAAGCAGUCUAACGCGCUGGCCUCUCACCGCCGCGUGCACUCGGGCGAGCGGCCCUACGGGUGCGCCACCUGCGGCAAGGCCUUCAAGCAGUCGUCCUACUUGGCGGUGCACCAGCGCACGCACACAGGCGAGCGGCCCUACCCCUGCGACGCCUGCGGCAAGGCCUUCUCCAGGCCCUCGCUGUUGCUGCAGCACCGCCGCGUGCACAGCCCCGGGCGCCCUUAUGCCUGCCGCUUCUGCCCCAAGCUCUUCAAGGACCUGGCCUACCGCACCGUCCACGAGAAGGUGCACACGGGGGACACGCCCUACAAGUGCAGCGUCUGCAGCAAGGGCUUCGCACAUCCCAGCAACCUGCUGCAGCAUCAGAGGGCACACCGCGAUGGGCCUAGGACAGUAAAACCGCUGGUGCUGAGCUCUUCCGGGUGAUGGCGUUUGGCACUUGAGGAACAGUCAAGUUUUGCUACAGACAUUGGCGCGACCUGCAAGGUCCCAUCUCCGACCAGCCGCUUCUUGGGCCCCAUCUGGUAGAUGGGCAUGUGAUGGUUUGAAGCCUUUCUAGAUCAUUCACAAUGUUCCCUCCACCCCAGCAUCAACUCCAUGUACCUCAACUUCAGAUGGGGACACUCUCCUGGACCGCGCCCUGAGACCAGCUCAGUGGGUGGUAUUUUUUAAAGCCAAUAAAUCCCGGGUACCAUGUUGCUGGUGCCGUAGACGUC